UCUGUUCUUUCGAUUGAGUGUUUUUUGGUGUUUUCUUUGUUGUGUUGAGUGUAAAUCGUAAUGUGUUGAGUGAUUUUCGUUUUGGGCAGCAGCAGCAGUACAGAGAAAAAAUUAAAUAAAAUAAGACGAAAUAAACAAAGUGCAGAGAUAUAGUCGAAAAAAGACAAGAAAUAUUAUAAGCGAAUAACCACGAUAAUCAACGACAUCGUAUUUUGCAAAGAUUGUCCAGACCAUAUUAAAUAAUCAAUAAUAAGAUAUAGUUUGGUUGGUCAAUUGUCGUUGUUGUUGUUUGUUUGUUUGCUGUAAAGUGAAUGAAGUCGUUAAAUAAGAAUUACGUUUUAAUUUAAAAAAGGAACGUCAAGCGAAGAUACAGUAGCCCAGUCAGCCGUUGUAUUUCAUCAAAAUAAACAAAGAAUCAUCAUCUUGAGCAGCAAACACAAUCAAUCCUCACCCAUACAUACGGAGAGAAUAGUCGAUUUGCUCAUAUCAGGGUCAAGUUUUUCAAGCGAACAAAGACCUUGCAAAAAACAAAAUCUAAUACUAAUUUAACGAAGAAGGGAAUAAUUUGAAUAUAUGCUGUUUGAUUAAACACAUAAAAGGCGUAGGGAGGCUACACAGACCGACACACACACACACCCACACAUCAACUUUCAACACUGCCCAAGUCUGCCAAUACAACAACAACAACAAAUAUUAAUUAGGAACCCACAAAAUAAACAAAGCUUACUUUGUAACAUUUCUAAACAAUGCUGGACUUAGAAAUUGUCCCCGAAAUUUCUCUGGGCUGUGAUGCCUGGGAAUUCGUUUUGGGUAUGCAUUUCUCUCAGGCAAUUGCCAUCAUACAGUCCCAGGUGGGCAUAAUCAAGGGUGUCCAGGUGUUGUAUUCAGACACCAACCCAUUGGGUGUGGACAUUAUCAUCAAUUUGCCGCAGGACGGUUUACGUUUAAUAUUUGAUCCCGUCAACCAACGUCUGAAGAUCAUUGAAGUGUGCAACAUGAAAUUGGUGAAGCUCAAGUAUGGCGGUGUAUAUUUCAAUUCUCCCGAAGUGUUGCCUUCCAUUGAACAAAUCGAGCACUCAUUUGGUGCCACACAUCCCGGUGUUUAUGAUGCAGCCAAACAACUGUUUGCCUUACACUUUCGUGGUCUAAGUUUCUAUUUUCCCGUUGAUAGUAAAUUGCAUGCUGGCUAUGCUCAUGGUUUGGGCUCGUUGGUGUUCUUGAGCGGAGCAUCACCGGUGGUCUCCAAAAUGUCACUGUAUGCUGGUAGUAAUGUGGCCGAAAAUAAGACACCUCCACUGCCCUUAUCCUGCUAUCAUCGUCAAUUGUAUUUGGAAUCGGCCACAGUUCUGAGAUCGGUUUUGGGCUGUACCAAAGGACUACGUUUGAAACUAUUUACCGAAGGUUCCGGACGUUCGUUGGAACCUCGACGCCAAUGCUUCACCAAAGAGAUACACUUUGGCGACAGUUGUCAGGAUGUAACCACACAAUUGGGAGCCCCAAAUCGUAUAUUCUUCAAGAGUGAAGAUAAAAUGAAAAUUCAUUCCUCCAGUGUCAAUCGCCAGGCUCAAUCGAAGCGAAGUGAUAUUUUCUUUAAUUACUUCACGCUGGGCAUUGAUGUGCUCUUCGAUGCCCGCACCCAGACCUGUAAAAAAUUCAUUUUGCAUACAAAUUAUCCCGGCCAUUUCAACUUUAAUAUGUAUCACCGCUGUGAAUUCCAGUUUCAACUACAACCUGAACGUUCUCAACUGACCGACAAUGGUGGUUCCCGUGCUUCCUAUGGCAGUGGCAGCAGUGUUGCCGAAACUGUUGCCUCAACGACUGCACCCGUCAACAUUAAUGCCUAUUCGAAAUGGAAUGAAAUCAGUGCUGCCAUGGCUCCCUCAGAACGCCCAGUGGUAUUGCAUAGAGCCAGUUCGACCAAUACCGCCAAUCCAUUUGGAUCUACAUUCUGUUAUGGCUACCAGGACAUCAUAUUUGAAGUUAUGUCAAAUAAUCACAUAGCUUCGGUCACUCUAUACAGUACAGCGCCCACAAAACCCGCCGAAGAUCUAUGGCAGCAGCAUAAAAUGCAAGAUAUACGUUUGACUGUGGCGUGAAAAUAAUGCUAAGGGCAUCCAAGAACAUUUACACACACACGCAACCGCAUACAUAUAAAGUUUUCGAAAACUAAAUCAUAUAUAUUAUUAACUAUAAUAUUCUACAUUAGUUAUAUGAAUUCUCAAGCACAAAGGCCUAACUCGUAAGGCAGGCAACAUGCAUGCAACAUGAUGUUAAGCUAAUCUGAUGGUGGGUGGUCAAUCUGUCGGUCUCCACCCAUCAACAAGUGAGUACAUGUGAGUGUGAUGGCCAUUUUUCGUCACACAAAUCAGAGGAAUUGUUCAGCAAAUUCUCCCAAAAAAAAGAAAAAAGUAUAAUUAUUCUUAAUAAUCAAAUAUAUUUAAUAUAUAUAUUAAAUAAAAAAAUAAUUCUUUAUAAUAGUAAAAAAUGCAAAAAAAUCAUUCGGUGUAUGAUGAAAUAUGAUCUGUAAAUCAUCAACUACUUUCAUUAUUUGGAGGUAGCUUGUUAUUUGUCGGAUAUGGACGAAUAUGAACAUUGCUAAUGUACGACGUUUAAUUUUAAAUUAAUAUUAACAAUUAUUCUUUUAUCAUUCUUUAAUGUUUUAUUAACAUUUAAAACAAACAAAAAACACAACAAAAAAACCAAAAAUAAAAGAAAAUUUAUUAAAAAAAA